AUGGCUUUAUUGCUGGAAGAGAUCAUUCGAUCAGUAGAGGCCUUUCUGAGGCUCAAGAAUUCGAACCAGAAACCCUACGUUGACCCGACUCUAGACCCGGUUCUUCUUGUUCCCGGAAUCGCUGGCUCGAUUCUCAACGCCGUUGAUCAUGAGAAGGGGACCGAAGAGCGGGUCUGGGUCAGGAUCUUCGGUGCCGAUCAUGAGUUUCGAACAAAGAUGUGGUCUCGCUUCGAUCCUUCAACUGGUAAAACGAUCUCUCUCGACCCAAAAACGACUAUUGAGGUUCCCCAAGACAGAGCUGGGCUCCUUGCAAUUGAUGUCUUAGACCCAGAUUUGAUUGUUGGCCGCGAGUCUGUGUACUAUUUCCAUGAGAUGAUUGCUGAGAUGCUUGGGUGGGGAUUCCAAGAAGGGAAAACCCUUUUUGGCUUUGGUUAUGAUUUCCGCCAAAGCAACAGACUGCAGGAAACGUUGGAUCAAUUUGCUAAAAAGUUGGAAUCAGUUUACAAAGCUUCAGGAGAGAAGAAGAUUAACGUUAUUAGUCAUUCUAUGGGAGGACUGCUGGUGAAAUGUUUCAUGGGUCUGCACAGUGAUAUAUUCGAGAAGUAUGUACAGAAUUGGAUUGCUAUUGCUGCUCCAUUUCGAGGUGCUCCUGGCUAUAUCACAUCGACUUUACUGAAUGGAAUGUCAUUUGUCAAUGGUUGGGAACAGAACUUUUUCGUCUCUAAGUGGAGCAUGCAUCAGUUGCUUAUUGAGUGUCCAUCCAUAUAUGAGCUUAUGUGUUGCCCGUAUUUCAAAUGGGAACUCCCUCCCGUUUUAGAGCUGUGGAGAGAGAAACAGAGCAAUGAUGGAGUUGGCACGCCUGGUGUUGUUCUUGAGUCUUACCGUAGUCUGGAAAGCCUUGAAGUUUUUACGAAAUCUCUUUCGAAUAAUACAGCUGAUUACUGUGGAGAGUCCAUCGAUCUUCCUUUUAACUGGAAAAUCAUGGAGUGGGCUCACGAAACCAAGAGAGUAUUGGAAUCUGCCAAGCUUCCUUCUCAAGUUAAAUUCUAUAACAUAUAUGGAACCAAUUUGGAAACCCCUCACAGUGUUUGCUAUGGAAAUGAGAACAUGCCCGUCAAAGACCUAACGAACCUGAGAUACUUCCAGCCAACGUAUAUUUGUGUUGACGGUGAUGGCACAGUCCCGGUGGAAUCUGCCAUGGCGGAUGGGCUUGAGGCAGUAGCUAGAGUUGGAGUCCCUGGUGAGCACCGAGGAAUUCUCAACGACCACCGUGUCUUCCGAAUGCUCAAACAAUGGCUAAAUGUGGGCGAACCCGACCCGUUCUACAACCCAAUAAACGAUUACGUCAUCCUUCCCACCACAUUCGAAAUGGAGGAACACCAUGAGAAUGGGCUCGAGGUUGCUUCCGUGAAAGAAUCUUGGGACAUCCUAGCCGGCGACAACAAUAAUGGCACAGCUGAGUCGACCGUGAGCUCCAUAUCAGUCUCUCGACCCGGGAGUGAUGAAAAUCCUCAAGCUGAAGCUCGUGCAACCUUAACAGUUCAUCCACAAAACGAUGGUAGACAACAUGUGGAGCUCAACGCUGUAAGUGUCUCUGUUGAUGCAUAA